GUCGGCUCGCAGCUCGCGGCUAGCUGCAAGCAAGUAGGUGUAUCAACUUUAUAGCGGUUAUUAUCGUACUUUAAAACACGAACUGUGGACGGUUUUAGUUCAUAUACGAUACAGUAUAAGUAUAAUACGUACGUUUGUAUUGUCUCGCCUUGACUUAACUACAUCGGUCGUUUUACUUACUUUACACAUGUGAGCACCUAAAGGUGUAUGUAAUGUAGUAAGAAGGUGCUUUUAAAUAAUGCAUCGUCGCUUCGAAGACGACAUGUUGAGUACUGUGUUGUAGUAGUAACUUGGGCAUUGUUCCACGACGACGAAGUCCGUCUGAUGAAACUCCAACACCACACCUACAAGAUAAUACUCGCUGAUUGUCAGUCGUACACCUAUGUUAAUGACCGAUUCUGCAAAUAAUAAAGUGGUGGAGUCUACUGUAUUAUUGUGAUCGACAGUUUAAAGCAAAACAAAGACCUUAUUGUGACUGACUGUUUCUCUAUUAGAGUUGUUACUGUUGGGAAGUGAAGAGUCAUUAUUGCAGUAUUUUAUAGAGUAAAAGUUCUUCGGCAAAAGCAAAAGUGAUUCGAACGCUGAAUACGUCGAGUGAGACUGAUGAUGAGAAUGUUGCCCGCAAGUUCUCAUGAGUUCAUGGAUGCUUGCUGUACUUUCGGUCUUCGGGAAUUGGUUAUUGUGCUUUGAUAACUAGAGUAGUGUAUCAAGGCGACUGACUAUAUUAUUAUGCAGACAUAGGUGGUUUGAUGGUGCCGUUAUUUUAAUAAGAAUAAGAAUUCAUUGUAAUAGUUUGGAUCCAGGUGUUCAUCAUGGUAGCCGGCAGCAUGUAUUUACUUCAGACUGUGAGCAACCAAAGAAGACCCUGGUCCUCAUAUUCGGACAUCAGAACGUACCACCCUGAGAAAACCUUAUUGCAUGGAACUCAAAAUAUGAACGGUAAUAUGUAUUCACCAUUAAUGGCUCGUCGCCCAGCUGGCACUGGCUAUGACUUUCCGGAGAAGGAAGUCAAAAAAGAUAAAAAAUGGUCUUUCGGAAACAUAUUUCGCAGAAAGAAAAAAAACCUUAGCGAGAGCAGCAGCGAUGACGAAAAUAACAAAAUGAGUUUCUUACAGCGGAGGAAAAAAAAGAGUGCUGCAAGGAAAAAGUCUAAACAAGCACUGGGAACGUUUGACCAUGUUGUCAUACCUCAAUUUUCAAGGGGUACGUACAAUACCCUCUACCGUAACAACGACGAUCCGACUGCUGUUUUUUCUGAUCCUACACAUGAUGCUGCAAAUCGAGCAAGUAAUUUUAACACGAGAUCCAGCAAUUCACCGAGUCAAUAUUUAAAUGUUAACUGUCCGGGAUCAGAUCGAAGCGAUGUUAACGUUUCGCGCAACAGUUUAGCUUCAGUUGAUAGUAUCUCGAAGAAAAAUCGGAAAGAAAUGACCAAGGCAAGGGCAGAAGCCAGACGUGAAACUUUAAAAUACGAAAGCAGCUCAGAUGAAGAGUCUCAAAGGUCAGGUUCAUCGGCAGCGAAAUUUAGAAGUGACGAAAGUUUAUCUAAGUACGGUUCAUGGAGUCGACGAACGCGAGGCGCAAGAACGGAAAGGUAUUUGAGGCGAUUCUCCAAAGAUGAAGACUUUCGAGAUCCAAAACAAUUAUACAAAACCGAAAUAGAGAACGGAAGACUUAAAAUGCGAUCGCCGUCCAAAAACGUAACGGCUAACCAGCCCUACUUAACAAGUUACACCGCUUUUGAUCCUUCAGGGAUGCUAACUAUACCUCCAAGUCAUAAUACUAGUAAGAGAAACCGCAACUUCACCGUAACCACGUGCUGUUUUGAUAACGGCUUCUUCCCUGAAACCAAACCAACGACAAAUGCAAACCAAAGAAGCAUGUCCUACGAAAGUCAUAUUGAUCAACGAUUACCGAUCGAUGUAGUCCAUGGUAGAUUACCGCUAGGUAUUCCUACUUGCCAAAACGGAAAAACACCUCCAUUACCUCCUCCGCGUGAUCCCAGAAGAAUAGUAACCAUCACCUCGUUUGACAGUUCACGUCCCAGCUCUUAUUGCUUGGAAACAGCUACUGAUUGUAGGAAUGGACUUGCCAGAAACCGAAGUCCGUUAGUAAUGAGUGACAAACGAAUUAGAAAUGCAAGCGAUAUUACUGGAAUGUAUUACAGUAAUGUUCGUUCAACUUCAGAAGACCAAAUACCAGCCGAACCUAUUAUUCAUUCUUUAACAGUUCGACCGGCCUCGACAACUCCAGACAUGAAUGGUAAAUGUCAUCAAAAGGAUCAUAAUGAUUUUUCGUUAUUCUUAACAGAUUCGAAGCCAAGAAGCCGAAAACCGUUGAAUAUACAUUCAUUCGCUAGAACUGAAAAUAAUAAUAAUAUAAACAAUCUACAAAAUGGAAGAAGUAAAGCUUAUCAAACUUUCAAUUUUUGGAGACAGAAAGAAGAUGAGGUGAAACGUCAUAAAUCAGAACCAAUAACGAAAAUCCUUCCAAAGAGUCCGAUCCUUAGUAAUAAGCUAAACGUUGCCGAAGAAAGUAAAAAUGACGUACCCCAAAGUGCUUUAUUAGUUAGCGCAAUCACCAAGAGUCCAGUGGAACGAAUAAGAGGUUUACCUAGGGAACCCAGUCCUUUUAGACCAAUCUCUCCUGCACCAAAGAUACCUCUUGGUAGUUUAAAUAGGAGCAAGUCUGUUUCGCCAGGAUUACAUAUUCCAUCCGAAUCAUUUAGCGAUAAAAGCCUAUCACCAAAUAUAAAUUCCAAAAAGCCGGAGAAUUUGGAAGACGCUCUUAACGAACUGGAAGAAAUUUACAAUAGUUUACGUUUAGGCGAUGAGGAUCUUCUAGAUAGAGCUGAAAAACGUGAAAGAGAUAUAUGUAAGGAGGCUGCUACUAAUUUGAUGAAUGGAAACAGCAAACGAAAGAGAGUUUCUUCAAGAAGUGCAGAUAUCAAGGAAGAUGAUUUAGCUUUUCGAAAAUACAGUAAGGAAAGAUCAAAAACUAUAGGUGACCCCCAUUCGGUUGCUUCUUCAAUCAGUUAUUUAUUGGCAUCUCCACUGAGUGGUGAAUUUUUAGACAGGCCCGAACCUAAACAAAAGAAUAAAAAAGAACCAGACGUAACUUUCGAUGAUUUGGUUUAUCGAAACAUUAAACAAACGAAUAACUCUUUAAAAGUAAUAGAUCCGCAACCUCCAUUCGGAAUUCCAUUAGGACCUAUUAGUAGCGCCCCAAACAGCGACUACUUACAUGCCGAUCCGGAAGUCGGAAGGAAAGAGAAAAUAUCUAAAAAGAUUCCCGACAUUGUUAAAGACGACUUGGCUUAUCGAUCUCUUCGCAAAGAUCCCAACAAGGAACCAGCUCUUCCACCUUCGUCUCCUAUUGGAGACGCAAACAAUAAUAAAAUGUUCUUUGUUCCAGUACCGAAAUACAAUCCUAACGGAUCGUUUAAGAAAAAGAGAGCAGUUCGAUCACUGUCGGCUAAUAUAUUUAAUUUAAUGCAAAAAGAACAUGACGAUAGAGUCAAAAAUGAACUCGAAAUAGCCAAAAGCUUAACCGAAAUUGCUGACGCCAUGGAACAGACUAGGCUAAUGCUCAAAGAGCAGGACAAAAGUAUAUCUGAAACAAGAAAAGGAUUUGCAAGUGAUGGAGAAGCAUUAUACGCAUCUCAACAUUCACCUAAGUUGGAAGCCAUGAAAAGAAAUAGAGCUAACUUCUUAGACGAGAUGAAAUCGUUUGAAUUUCCUAUGCUGCCUUCUAAUUCAUUAGAUAACAAAAUAAACAACAACGAGAGCAGUAACCCUGAGCAAGUAAAUUCAACCUCAAAGACUCUCGAUGAACUUCUUACUGCACUCGCAGUCGAAACUAGAGAGACUAGCGAUAGAAUAACAAAUGAGCUGCGUAUGCUUGAUGAAAAGGACAUUUUGAGAAAGUCGUCUCAGUCUUUGAAAAGUCACGAAUCCGAAAGUAGCGAUAAAAACCAAAACGUUUUUGAAAAGACAAGUCAAUCAGAUGAAUUGCUUGCUUCAAAAACUACAGUCGAUAGUAACGCAAACGAAACAGUAUCCAAAGCCCCAAUCAGUUCAAAUGACAAUUUUGCGAGCGAUAUUCCAGCGGUUGUAGAAGAAAUGUAUACUCCUAAGAACCAAAUUCAAACUGAAAGAGAAGAUGAAAUACCUGUUGAGCUUAUAACAAUGAGUCUAGCGGACGAUUCGAAUGACAAAGCAGAUCAUGCAAAAAUGUGUCAGAAAUUAAUGGAAUGCGUGGUCGAAAAUGCCGAAAUUGUUAGCGAUGAGAUUGAAUCAGAUCAUGUCCAACAAAUACUUUUACAAGACACUGAAGAGUUAUGUGGGGAAGGAACGGUCGCCAGUAUCGUACUGACUCCAAAGGAAGAAGACGCUCUGAUGGUAAAAUCAGAUCCAAUUGAAGCUGAAGUGCAUAGCGAGCCCGAUUAUGAAAAUUUAAAGUAUCGCGAUGAAGACGAAAAUGACGGUAACAGUAACCAAAAUUCCGACUACGAUGAUUGUGAUGUAAAACUGGACGAUUUGAACGAAAACGUUGAAGCGAGCGAUGCAGAUAACGAAAGUAAAGAAGAUUUUUCAGACGGUGACGUUGAAGUUGCUUUAAAAGAUGUGGACAAAGCUCUAUCAUCAGAACACACGGAAAAGUCCGAUCAGGUCCCGACAAGUCCACUAUGCAACAAGACUGAAUCUAGUGAAUCAAAACAAACGAUGUCGGAAAUCAAAGAAGGCAGGGCCGAAAGAAUGGCUCGCUACAAAGAAGAACGUCGUAGACAGUUGGCGUUUCAAUUUGAUAAUGUUUUAGACGAGUCCUCGCAGUUACCGAAUAAGACUCGACAAAAUUAUCAAACUUAUUCCAGCAGCUCGGACGAACCGCGAACAACUCGAGCUUCUAGGCUACGAGCUGCUGCUGCUGCAGCUUUAGCGACAAACGACAAUCACAAUAGCACUAAAAGCAUCAAGAAAGAGAAAAGUCCAAUUUGUCUAUCCAGCGGGUGCGAGUCGCAAGGUAGUUCUAAACCCGAACGGGAUAAAAGUGGAAAGAGAAAAUCGAAUUUGAACCGAGCUCAUACUUCGGAAGAAGUACCAGAUCAGUACGGUGGAGAGGACAAUAUAAGUCGAAGAAGAAGACGUCGAUUUUUCCCAUCAGAAGUUUUAGAGCAGACCAAAGAAGCUUACUCGAGCGAUGGAAACCGUAAAAGUGAUAACGACACUGCCUGCAUCGCAUCUCCAACGUCUUCACUUAGCACUACCUCAUCAAGAACGCGAAGCCCUCCUAGAAGAUCCGAACUUAGUAUUCACAUGCAAAACGCUCGAAAGGGUAUUUUACCGUCAUACUCUGAAAUGGGAAAAUACCGAACCCCAUCAUCGAAAACUGCCACGAUUAAUACAAGAGAAAAAUACAAGCCUUUUAGUGCAGUAGAAAACGAACUUAGUCAUAGUGUUACCGAUAAGGACAAAUUUCUUUCUAAAGUAGGCAAUAAAGAAAACAUUAAGCAUAACACUAGCGAUAAGGACAUAAUUAAAGUUAAUAAUUAUAAUGUUCGUAAAGAUGGUAGGACUAAAUCGGCUGAUGUCUGCCAGUCAGAUAAAUUAUCCCGCCUUUCAAGUGUUUCUAAGAGAAUGGACGAAUUGACGGCAUUGACGAGGGAGACAUUAGCGAGGGUUGAAAAAUUGUCUCAUGCUACAUUUUCUAAUGGCCGUUCGAGUUCUUCAUCAAAAAUAUAUGAUAAAAUAUCUGACAACGAAGUCUCAUCUUCUACGCCGACGCACAGCUUUAAACAUGUUUCAAAUAGAUCGAGUGAUGAUGAGAGACGUCCACCUUCUAUCCUGAAAAAGAAACUUUCAGAUGAAAUAGUCGAACACUCUACACCAAUAACAGCAUCAGUUAAUGUACCUGUUUCGAUUUUAAAAAGAAAAUCUUCCCACGAAGAUCACAAAAUUUCCAAUUCAGCGGCUGGUUCCGCUUCAAAUCUUCCAGUUACAUUUUCCCCAAGUGUCAUUGACCAUUCGUCGUCCUCGUUGAGAAAACAAGGGAUUCUUAAAAAGCGCAGAAGUCUCGACGAAUCGCAUGUACACAGGCAACGAAGUUGUAGCCCCGAAGGUAAACAAGAGUCUCGAUCCAUUUUAAAAGAUCAACGAAGAUCAUCUCUGGAAAUGAUCCGAUCUAAAUCUCCCGAUGCUUUACAAAGCAUUUUGAAACGUAAAAUAUUCCGAAAUGACGAUGAAGUUUACACACCACUAAACUCACCGGAACCACAGGGAAUUCUUAAGAGAAGAUCAGGUGUCAGUAGCGCAGGAUCUAGCAGCAAUGCUCCUCAUAUUUCCAUAACAACUGCAGUGAUUUUGGCAGCUGCUGGAGGUGCUGAAAUGGUCCUGGAAGCCAACGAAACCGUAAAGCCAAUCCUUAAAAAGAAGAGCUCAGAUGAGCUAUCCGUUACAGAACCAAGCAGUGUCGAAACUCCUAAGCCAAUCUUAAAGAAGAAAUCCAGUGUCGAAAAGGAACCACUAGAAGAUAAACCUAAGAAACCUAUUUUGAAACAUUCUCGAAGUUCGUACGAAGAAAGGGAUUCUUCAGACAAUUCGGAAGUGUCAAGACCUGCCUCUUCUGCGUUUAAAUCUUGCCAAGAUGAAGAAUUUGAGGUCAAACCGAUCUUAAAACAACCAUCUAGAGAAAAUUCCCCCAGACCACGACUUUCUUUCUGCGAAGAUAACCAGUACACGAAAUUUGAUGAUAGUCACGUUGUCUUCAGGAAAAGAAAGAUAGCACGAAGGUCACACACUAUCAGUACAGAUGUAGAUGUAGAAAAUGUCAUGAACAAAUGUGGUAGCGACGAAUCGAGUCCCCAAAACACUCGACCUCUCUCAGUUUGUGAAAUGAUUAAAAAUUUCGAGAAGAACAUGCCAUCCACUGGAGCCGUACCAAAAAGAUCGAGUCUUAACCGGAAUAGUGAUAGGUACCACACACAGCCAAUUACCUUCAGUGAACUUGAAGCAAGUUUGAGUUCUUUCCACAAGACUCGCGUAGACGAACUGCCUUCAAUAAAUUCUAGUCAGAAGGGUUCAGAUUUCGAUAAAGAUGUCUGUUCCAUGUUAAAUUUCGAACCCACCAACGAAACAAAUUAUAUUCCUUCAACCACUUCUUCUAUAGAUCUCUUCGACACCAGCAACGCAAAAAUGUCCACCGAUUCUGCGUUUCAGUCUCUCGGUGACGGUUUAGAACUGGAGCAAGAUGAACAGAAGACAACUCCACCAAAAUCACCUGUGACUAAAUCUUUAUCUAAGAGUCAGUUACAGAUGAAAAGCCUAGCAGAAGAAGCUAAACUUAUGGCUUUAAAACGAGCUGGUAGUAAUGCUUCCAAGUACAGAAGUCGUAGAGGUUUUGACCCGUCAGAUAAAAGUAGCGUUAGUCGAUUCUCUACCCAACCUGUCACCACUGAUGAAGUUCAGGAAGCUGCUAAGAUGAAGUCAGGUGAUCAGAAAUCUUCUGAUCUGUUACCCCACGAGCCUCGAGGUAUAUUAAAAUCGAAAACUUACGCGUCCCCCGCGUCACCGGAGCCUUCGUUCUUGCCAAAAUCCGUGUUAAAAAAACGCGAAGACGCCAAAUUAUUAGACGAUAGCAAAUCUUCAUUACGUUCGAUACUGAAACAAGAAUCGGCGGAACUCGCGCGCGAUGAGGGCAUUUCCUCAGACGAAUCGGACUCUGACGUUGAUCUCGCGAUCGGUAGUAAAACUGAGUUAAGUGGUAAAGUGACGUCGUCGAGACUUUUGAAUAGUGACGAUGGCAUGCAAACUUCUGACGGCGAAUCGUCCGGUGGAAGAGAAAUAAGGAACAUUCUUAGCCGGGACCCAUCGUUCAGGAGAAGAUCCCAGGAACGAUACAGCAAAGAAAAUUAUUUGUCAAAGAGUCAAAGCCAGGGCGUUUUUCAGCAUGAAGACGUAGAAUACGAUGGUGGUGGUGGUGGGUUACGGCGUUCUUUGACUCAAUCGGCCAUGCCACAGAAAAUCGCCGAGCUUCAAGCGAAGCUUCAAAAAAGCGGCGACAGCGACUGGAGAAAAAGGAUACCAAAACUAAACAGUGCUAACGAAGAACUCAGCUUGCUAAAUGUGAAAAACCGGUACAACGAUGAACUUAAUGAAAAGAAUUCGAUUCUCAAGGCUCGAAAAGAAGAGCUGGAUGCUGCAUCCAAUCAAUGGCGUAAUAGAAUCGAACAGUCGGAUUCUCUCAAUUUUUCAGUGGCAGGUAGAAUGCAAAAGAAUAGCAAUGAUAUACCGAUAAUCAAUAUCAAUCUACCAAAACUUGACAACGUAAAACGAACUCCAAAGGCGAAGAUUUUCAAAGGAAAGGCAGACGAUGAUGCUCCUAAAAUCACAUCUCUUCCUGUCUCUCCCGAAAAAACUUCAAAAUUGCUAUUUCCGAGAAGUAUUUCUUCACCUGGUGGAGAUGUUCAUGAUGCUAGUGUAUCUCCAACAUCAGUACGAAAAGUAACAGUAAUAAGGCCAGAUGAUAUUACUUUUAAGACCUUUUUUGAGAGCAUCGAUAGUAAAAAGCUUGCUGAUCUAGAACGAGUUCCCAUAGACGAUUUAGAUUGCGUCGUGCGUGAAUCAGACAAUUUAUUGGUUUACAAAAGGGACAUUAAGUUUCGCAGGAAACACGAAACCCGAAAUAAUCCAAUUAAAGUUCUUGCGUCUCGAACCGAUAUAAAAGAUGAAUAUACUGAAAUUAUAACAGGUGUCGCCGAACGAGAAAAGAAGAGGCAAAAUAUAGAGAAACUGUCAAAAAAUUCAAAUCUAGCAGCUGAAGCGCUAGCUGGUUUGGCAAGCAAGGAAGACUUCGCUGCUGUUUCAUUAAAAAAAUCAUCUUCGUUUACCUCCUCUUAUGUCCCUUUCAAGGAUACCAUGCUAAUCCAUGUUAAAGGACGAAGACAUGUGCAGACUCGUUUGAUUGAACCAAAAGUAGAAAAUAUUAACGAAGGAGACAGUUACAUUCUGAUCAAAGGAAAUACCAUCUACAGUUAUACUGGUAGCUUCUCCAAUAUAAUAGAACAGUCCAGAGCUUCAGAUAUAAUAAAUCACAUUCAGAAAACUAACGAUAUGGGAUGUAAGGGACCUAAAUUUGUAACCGUUACCAAUAAAAAAAUUUACUCUUCGAAAGAUUCUGAAAACUUCUGGAACAUUCUUCAAACAACGUCUGAUGUUGAUGUGGUUGGUGCUGGUCAUCCUGACGAAGAUGAAAUUUACGAAAACUCCAUAAUAGGCACAAACAUGAUUUAUCAAUUUAAAAACGAUGAACUAGUGCCUAUGGAGGAAUAUUGGGGUGGGAUUCCGAAAAUCAAGAUGUUAGAACCAAGCAAAGUCUUCGUUUUUGACUUUGGAUCUGAAAUGUACGUAUGGAGUGGCAAAAAUGCUCCACUAGAAGACAAAAGAAAAGCCCUAAAGUUGGCUAGGGAACUUUGGACUGAAGGUUACAAUUACAUCGACUGUCACGUGAGCCCAUUGAACGUAGCAUCAAUGCUUGGCAGUCGGGAAAAAAGUAAUAUUCCUCUUAAAUGUAACUCCAGGCCUGAUUGGGCCUUAUUUGCAAAACUUACUCAGCACAGAGAAACGAUCCUAUUCAGGGAAAAAUUCCUUGACUGGCCUGAUUAUAGUCGGGUUAUAAAAGUGAAAAGUAGUGACGAGAAAAAUGUGGAUGCUUCAUUUGAUCUCAAACCUUGUGACGUUAAUAAAAUGUUAAAUACGAAACCUGCGCCUCCUAGUUUGGAAGUGGACGGAAUGCAUUUGGGUCGCGGGAAGAGUUAUUUCGACCCAGAAACUAACAGACUGUUCAAAUUUACUACUUUGGGCAUUACAUGUUGGAUAAUUUUGGAGUACAGUCACGAGAAAAUUCAAGAGUCUUCGGUUGGUCAGUUCUUUAAUGGGAACAGUUAUAUAAUUCGGUGGCAGUAUAGGGCAACUGUAACGGGUCGUGAAUUGAGUGGACGACCCUCUAAGCAUUCUCAGGUUGGACGGGACCGUUGCUUGUACUUUUGCUGGCAAGGUAACAACGCAACCAUCAACGAAAAGGGAGCUGCAGCAUUGCUUACAGUUGAAUUGGAUUUAGAAAAUGCAAGACAGAUUCGAGUGGUACAAGGCCAAGAAACCCCCGCAUUUUUAAAUCUUUUCAAUGGAGGAAUGGUUGUUCACGAUGGAAAAUACGAGGGCCAAAAGUUACACUGUUCCCACAGGUUGUUUAUAAGUAGGGGAGAAGUUGAAAGUGAAACAGUUUUAACUGAAUUACCUUGCACAAUGAGGAGCUUACGUAGCAGAGCUUCGUUUGUAUUAAUUAAUACCAAAUCAAACCAUUUAAUCAUUUGGCAUGGUCGAAAAUCUUCAAAACAAACGAGAAUUGUUACUGAACAAAGUGUUGACAAAAUUGUCAGUAACAAACCAAGAGAGUUUGGCUUUAGCAAUGAGGAAAAAGUUAAAGUUGAUAUUCUGGAAGAGGGAAAAGAAUCGGACGAGUUUUUCAGCGCUUUGGGGGGUGAAAAUCGACAGUUGUAUAAUUCUUUGGAAAAGAGCAAGGAAAGUUUCGAUUACACGCCUCGGAUGUUUCAUUUGACCAGUAUUUCUGGAUCUUUUGAAGCCAACGAGAUCUUAUGCCCGCACAGAAGUGAACAUGUAACACCUUAUCCUUUCCUACAAUCAGAUCUCUACUCAGCUAAUCAACCAGCCCUUUUCUUGUUUGAUAACGAUCACGAACUAUGGCUAUGGCAGGGUUGGUGGCCUCUGCGUGACGAUGACGCUGAUGAUCUCGGAGACCAAACGGGUUCAGGAGCAGUAAGAUGGCAGGCUGAAAGGAAAGCAUCAAUGGACACUGCCCUUAACUACUAUAAGACCAGACAUCCCGGUUGUAAGCACAUCGAAGCUUACCUGGUGUGGAGUGGUUUGGAACCAUUGAAGUUUACCAAUCUUUUUCCUUUUUGGACAGAUAAAGACGACAUUGCUGAACUUAAUAUAAAAGAAGGAAGAAAAGCUGGCGAUUCCAAAUCAAUCGAAGCAGAAUUAGCACUUUUAACUCAGGAAACAUAUCCUUUAUCUCAAAUCCUUCAAAGGCCUCUUCCAGAAGGAGUUGAUCCCACUCAGCUGGAGAAGUAUUUGUCUUCAGAAGACUUCCUUGAACUGACUUCAAUCACAAUUGAAGAUUUCCAGAAGUUACCAGCGUGGAAGCAGGCUGCCAUCAAAAAAGAAAAGGGACUAUUUUGAUACUUACUCUCUUUUUUAAACUUUAAAUUUUCGCGCUUGUUUCCAUUGCUAUCUAUUUACGAAGGUAAGAAAAGAACGAUUGAUUUGAACGAACCAUCGUCUAGUUUAAAAAAAUCUAGAAUCGAUUGAUGCAUUAUUAACAUACGGUUUGGAAUUAUUAAUAGUGCUUUUUUUUCGUGUAUUAAACUAAUUCGUGUUUUAUGCAGAGUUUUGUUCAUGAUUUUUAAGAUUGAAAUAAUUACAAAACAAUUUGUUAACUAGAAACAUCAAGUUCUCUGUAGUUUAUUUUUGAAAGGCUGAGGGUUUUUGUGAUUCAAAGUCGUUAAACGGAUCCUUAAAAAAAGAAAAAACAAACAGUUGAGGCUAUUAAGUAUUCGCGAUGUAUUUUAAUAGUGCAGUUGAGAUUUUUAUUCAAAUAAAUUGUUGAUAUUUUAUUUUGUAAGAUCUCAAUUCAUUUUUUUUGUUUCUUAUAUGACUUAUAAAGGCAACAAAAUACGAGUCCAACAGUCCUUAAUGUACAUAUAUUGUAUAAAAUUUUUGAAACUCUUUUAAGUUAAAAACUAUAGCGCUUUGUUUUAAAAAAGAGGUGCAUUUUUUAGUUUUCGUAGCAAUUUUGCUUAGUUUAAUUAGGAGUAUUUUGUCUGUGAUUAUGUUUUUAAAAGAAAAUUGUGUGUACAACUCGGUUUAAUAUCCCACCCUGUGGUGCCUUUAAGCGUCCGGAACUGACCCUUUCUCGAGAUCAUAUUAUCUAGUCCUAAUGUAUUCCCGUGACAUUGAUAAGAGUGUGACUCUACCUUUUAUAGUGUAAAUGUUAAUUUUUUUUUAAUGUGAUAUAUACGAAAUUGUAUUUUAGGUAGUUCUUAUAAUGUUUAGGGUAGAUCAUAAAUUUCUCUCUGUUUUAAACGUUUUUCAAAUAGUUGUAUUUAAUUUUGCUUAUCAUUACGUAAACAAAUAUCACACAUUAAAAAUUUUUUAUUUACUUUACAAAAUACAUGCAUUUUAAGGAAAUCACAAGAUUUUGUUCAAUAUUCAACAUUGCGUUAUAAAAGUUUUGUGUUCAUUUGAAAAUUUUUGGCAUUUUUGACAAGAUUUUUGUAUUUUGCCAUUAUCGAUAAAUAUAUUGAACCAAAAACUAUAUCGAUACUAAAAGUAAAAUACAGAAAAAUUGGCAAAAAUGCCAAAAAUGACCAAGUUCCAAAUUAUUUGUAUUUAACUAUUGAAUAUCCAAAAUAUUAGGAUAAGUUUAACUAACAAUGAAGAAAUUAUUAAUUUUUUAUUGUAAAACUUGGACUCACUGUUAUUAGGGGCUGUUUUGAUACAUUCUGAAAUUGCGAACAAAAAACUUUCUAAAAUUAGUACUACGAUACUGUUUUAUUCUAUGAAAACUGUUUGAAGAACACAAAGUAAGUCUAUUAAUUAAAAAGCUUUUCAGUUUUAUUUCUAAUGCGCACACACGAUAGACUCUACGCACAAAAAUGUUAUUAUUAAAAAACAGGAAAUCAAAGAGAACGUUAAGGAUAAUAUUUUAAAAAAAGUACAUGCUUUUAAAAACAUAUCAAAAUUUCAUACAACUGAUCGAACUGGACAGGAUCAAUCUUUUUUUAUUAAUUACUGUUUUUUAAAAUAAAUAUAAAAAAUUUACUUUCUAUGGAUGCAUUUCAUUAAAAUUCGCUAUUUCUAGUGUCUGAAAAUACAAAAAUUACUUAAACUCCUCAUUUGUAAUGCUUAGCAUUUUCCUAUUCAUUAUUUUAAAUUGGUUUUUGAAAAAAUUACAUGAUCUACCCUGGACAGCUUUUC